AUUUGAAAUUGAUUUUUUUGUGUUAAAUAAGACAAGAUAUAAUUUAAAGGUGAGUGUAUUUCGUAAAAAUAUUAUACAACUGUCUCUGCAGAGAUAGAAAAUUUCUGCUUUCUUCUCUUACCCAAGAAGCAAGUAAUAUUACAGUAACAUUACAAUAAUAUUACGUGCUACAUGAGUACCAUAUAUUUACAUUCUCGAAAGAAGAGUUCAAUUAAGUUUAUUUUCGCAGAUAAUUAUGCCAUCAACUUGUGCCGCUGUUGGAUGCAAAAAUGUACAGGACAAAAGAAACCCUUUGUUCAGGUUCUUUAGAUUUCCGAAAAAUGAGCUGUAUUGUAAAAAGUGGCUAAACGUUUGCAAAAAUAAAAACAUUAAUGUAAAAAACGCUAGGAUUUGUUCAAUGCACUUUCGGGCUGAUUCUUAUAAGCCAAUCUCAUUCGUGGAUGAAAUUUUGCAAACAUAUAAAACAACUGUGAGGACACUUCGUGAUGAUGCUAUUCCCACUGAAAAUCUUUGUUUUCCGGAUGCAAUUGUUUGUGAAAAUAAUAAUAUCAAAUCUUCACAAAAUGCGAAAAGAACUUCUCCUAUCACAUCUUCGCCAAUAGCAUCUUCCUCAAUAGCAUCUUCGUCAAUAGAAUCUUCGCCAAUAGCAUCUUCACCUAUCACAUCUUUGCCAAUAGCAUCUUCGCCAAUUGCAUCACAACUUCUCGAUAAUGAUUUUUUAAAUUCAUUCCAAAUUUUAAUAAAUGAAAUAUUUGUGGAUUUUUGUAAACCAGAGUAUCGCGAAGAUUUGCAAAAACAUUUGCACAUUUUAAAAAAAGACUUUGAAACAGAAAUAGAAAACGAAUUAAAAGAUGAAAGCUUCUUCGAAAUGAUAGUUCAACGUUUAGAUAAGUCAGAAGAGAAAGUAAAAAAACUUCAAGAAAGUAUGGAAAAGAUGGAAAAAAAGUUGAGAGUAGAAGCAAAUAAUUCAAAUAAUUUAAAUUAAAAGAACGGGCCGAAGAAUAUUUUAAAGAUUUAUCAAAGAGAAAGGAAAAAGAAGGAGUUUCAAAGAGACACAGUAAUUAUUACAAACAAAGAACAAUUUAUGACGAAACCAAAUUAAAAUUAGCUGCAAAAGAAAAAAGUGACA